AUGGCAACACGACACAUGCUUUGGAUGCUUGGACGUUAUAUUCGAAAGGUGCCUUUAGGGCGUUUGGGUGACUCGGCACGGGCGCGAGCGCUGUCAAGCAGCGCGGCGCGCGGGCAUGCCUCCUCUUCGCACGUCGCUGGCUCGGAAGGUGCACACGCGAACGCUACGUUUGAACGCUGGCGACUGAUGAGCGCACUCGGAGCACUACCCGUUCUGAUCUACGGUGUAUGGCUGUUCCGGCAGCCGCACGAGCACGCAGAGCCGCCGCCUCCGUACCCGUAUCUGCGGAGGCGGGUGCGCGAUCCAGCUUUUCCCUGGGGCAACCACGAGCUGCUGGGCACGCCCUGGGAUCAUGAGUCGCCCCACGCUCACACAGACUCUGAGUGA